AUGCCCAAACAAUGGGGUAAUGGAGAUUUUCCAGUUUGUUAUCUAAUCUUCCGGAAUGAAUGGUGUUAAAAGCCUGGACUAAAAUGUCACAGCUUCUCUUUGCAACUUAUUGUGAAAGUUUAAGCCUAUUUAAACUUUUUAGGCCUGUUUCUUUCUGUGGGCGGAUUUGAUUGCUCUUCUCAACUUUUGUCACUUAGCCUAAUAUACCCAUUUAAACGUGUCAUUUUCUAUAUGCUUUAUCUGUUGAGUCUACAAAGUUUAGUAACUUUAGGAAGAUCUAGUUUACCAUUAUGAGUUGAAUAAACCCAUUGUUGAUGUGAUCAAUGACAGUCAUAUUUUUCUCUAUGCCUUCUCUGGAAAAAAAAUUAAACUCUGUGGAUGGUUAUGCCCCAUACACAUCGUGAUGUAUUUCAGUACGCUAUACGUCAUCUUCACGCAAUCUCGUUCCGCUGCUACUGGACAGAAAGCAUAGGGUUUCACAACGCAAGACAAGAUGGAGGAGAGCCUAGUCUCUCGUCAGAGAUUGCAUUUAUUUGGGGAGAUUGCAAAAUAUUACCUUUUCAUUCAAGACAGGAGAAACAUAUUGUUUCAGGGGAUAAUAAAACGUUUAGUUACUUUUUCCUAGACUUGUUUAUCUAACUUUCUAGCAAGUCCAGCUAGUUUACAGAGCAGCAAGCUAGCUACAGUAGCUAGCUAAAGAGCUGCAAGACUAGGUUGAAUAUACUGUAGCUAGGGACCUCCACCUAAUAAUGAUAAUCAAAAACAAACGUAAUUACAUCACAAACUAAAACAGGAGGCAACAGCCAAUAUGUAUUAUUUAACAUUAAAUAGUACUCACUUAUAGGAAUAGAUAGGCCUAAUUGUUUACAAGUCACUAGUUCUCCCAUAAAGUCAUCGCCGAAAACCAUAUUUUCAUCUUGUUCUGUGGUUUGGUAGCGUCUUGAUCAUUUCUGUCAACCCGUUAAUGCAUACAGUUUGACGCAUACAUUCGAUAAAUCCAAUGUAUGCACCACACAGAACGCACUGCAACUGCCUCUGCAACGCAAUGCUGCAAGGCAAACGCAGUGUUCCAAUGGAAACAAAUGUACUUCUGGUGUACCAAAACGCAAUGACACAGUCCGGUGUGCUUUGAACACACCGACUGCAGUCAUUGCGCAAAAUAGUAUGCAGCAUCAUCUAGGUAUGUGUGCAACACAAGUUCAACAUUCACCUUCUGCCACCAUUUCUGUCAACCCGUUUGUUCGAAGCCUUGAAAAGCCAGAAAAUACAAACUUGACAUUGUGCUUUCUAGAGGGCCUACCUAGUUUAUUUUAUCAAACGUAAUGCUUUGAACACACCGACUGCGUCAUUGCGCAAAAUGGUAUACAGCAUCAUCUAGAUAUGUGUGCAAGUUCAAUGCUCACCUUCUGCUACCAUUUCUGUCAACCCGUUUGUUUUCUGUGAUACCACUCCGAAAAUCGUUAAAAGAAAAAUCACCUUCUAGCAGGAACAGCACCGUAUAGUGGUCAGAACCUGGUAAUAUCAGGAUGUAGGAUUGGACAUAAACCUAACAAUGUCAACUACUAAUUCCUCUGAACAAGGGGGAAAAAAACAUCACCAAAUUCACUAGGAAUACAUUACAUAGGAUGAAGAAACAAUACUCCAAGCCGCAGCUCCAUACUACUUAUUUGUUGUUGGGAUGGGAUUGGUGUGGGGGAUCCGUGGGUGGCUUUUGACCAUUUAUUUGGAAUCCUCAUGUGUUACUCAUUAACCAGGUUUCCAUCCAACAUUGUUUUUGCCAGUAUACAUGUCAUAGAAAAAAAUUAAUGACAGGCCUGAUGGUAAACUUUCCAAAUGUCGACAAAACAAAAUACACUAGACAAGGUAAGAUAUUUUUAUGCGAGAAAUGUCUGUGGAAAAGCUUUUAUGUGCAAAUAUUGAUAUAAUAACCAUCAUAUCGAAAUAAACUUGGAGUCACGCGAUGACAUGUUGUGUGGACCUCUCGCUACAACUUGUUGGGAAAGCAUGCAGUUUAUUAGGCUACAGAUGAAACUCUGGGCUACAGCGUAUGUGCCUAUACCAGAGUGGGCACACUCACAAUAUAACACAAAAUGUUUUGUGAGAACCAUCAGUUGAGUUGAAAAUGCGAUGGAAACCCAUUUCACUUGUAUUUAUUAUUUGGUACAUGGGAAUUUAACCGCAAAGGGUACCGCACUACGUCAUCACGCAAAGCCUUUUAUCCGCAACAAGUACAUUUGAUGGAAACACAUCUCUGGUGGGAAAAAGCAGAGUUUAGAAUAUUCACAUGAAAAUCUGUCGCCAAUUUGAUUGAAACCUAGCUACUGUUAAAAAUGCAUUGGGUCCAAAUCAGAUGUUAUGUACUAUAGCCCCGCCGAUCCAUCACGAGUGGUCUGCCGACGUAAUCGUCUGAUGUGGUUUCAACAGGCUUCCCGUUGCGACGACCACGAAGAUCCAUCUGCUAGCACCGGCCCGAUAGCACGCACAAUCAACAGCCGCGCCACCUGCUUGCCUGUGCUGUAGCAGCCUACAAACUGCUCCCGGACUUACCUAUUGCUGUUCACUGGACCUUAUGAUCACUCAGCUACACAUCUGAUGCCCGCUGGACUGUUCCUUUACACGGUACCCCAUCCUGUUUAGCCUCAGCCCAAACUUUCGUCGCCAUUACCAGUUGUUGUCUUAGCCCUCUCGAAUAACACCUGUGAUUGCGUUAUGCCUCUCUCCCAUGUCAAUAUGCCUAGCCUAUUGCUGUUUGGGUUAGUUGUUAUUGUACUAUUUCACUGUAAAGCCCCCAGUCCCGCUCAACCUGCCUCAGAUAGCUUCUUUGGCCCACCCCCCAUACACGCGGAGACUGGCUCAAUCGGUACCUCCAGUGAUGCUACCUUUUUCAUCGUUACCCAAUGCUUAGGUGUACCUCCACUGUACUCAUAUCCUUCCAUAUCCUUGUCUGUACAUAAUGCCCUGAAUCUAUUCCACAACGCCCGGAAAUCUGCCCCGUUUAUUCUCUGUACCCAAAGCACUAGAAGACCAGUUCUUAAAGCCUUUAGUCGUAUACUUAUUAUAUUCCUCCUCUGGUGAUGUAGAGGUUAACACAGGCCCUGUAGCCCCCAGUAUCACUCCUACUCCCCAGGCGCUAUCAUUUGUUGACUUCUGUAACCGUAAAAGCCUUGGUUUCUUGCAUGUUAACAUCAGAAGCCUCCUCCCCAAGUUUGAGUUAUUCACUGCGAUAGCACACUCUGCCAACCCUGAUGUUCUAGCAGUGUCUGAAUCCUGGCUUAGGAAGGCCACCAAAUAUUCAGAAAUGUCCAUCCCGAACUACAAUAUUUUCCAUCUAGAUAGAAUUGCCAAAGGGGGCAGAGUUGCAAUCUACUGGAGAGAUAGCCUGCAGGCUAUCAUACUAUCCAGGUCUGUGCCCAAACAGUUUGAGCUUCUACUUCUAAAAAUCCACCUUUCCAGAAAUAAGUCACUCACUGUUGCCGCUUGCUACUGACCCCCCUCAGCCCCCAGUUGUGCCCUGGACACCAUAUGUGAAUUGCUUGUCCCCCAUCUAUCCUCAGAGUUCGUACUGCUUGGUGACCUAAACUGGGAUAUGCUUAACACCCCGGCCGUCCUACAAUCUAAACUAGAUGCCCUCAAUCUCACACAAAUUAUCAAGGAACCUACCAGGUACAACCCUAAAUCCGUAAACACGGGCACCCUCAUAGAUAUCAUCCUGACUAAUUUACCCUCUAAAUACACCUCCGCUGUAUUCAACCAGGAUCUCAGCGAUCACUGCCUCAUUGCCUGCGUCCGUAAUGGGUCCGCGGUCAAACGACCACCCCUCAUCACUGUCAAACGCUCCCUAAAACACUUUAGCGAGCAGGCCUUUCUAAUUGACCUGGCCCGGGUAUCCUGGAUGGAUAUUGACCUCAUUCCGUCAGUAGAGGAUGCCUGGAUGUUCUUCAAAAGUGCUUUCCUCUCCAUCUUAAAUAAACAUGCCCCAUUCAAAAAAUUCAGAACUAAGAACAGAUAUAGCCCCUGGUUCACCCCAGACAUGACUGCCCUUGACCAGCACAAAAACAUCCUGUGGCGUACUGCAUUAGCAUCGAACAGCCCCCGCGAUAUGUAACUUUUCAGGGAAGUCAGGAACCAAUAUACACAAUCAGUUAGGAAAGCAAAGGCUAGCUUUUUCAAACAGAAAUUUGCAUCCUGUAGCACUAACUCCAAAAAGAUUUGGGACACUGUAAAGUCCAUGGAGAAUAAAAGCACCUCCUCCCAGCUACCCACUGCACUGAGGCUAGGAAACACUGUCACCACCGAUAAAUCUACAAUAAUCGAGAAUUUCAAUAAGCAUUUUGCUACGGCUGGCCAUGCUUUCCACCUGGCUACCCCUACCCCGGCCACCAGCUCUGCACCCUCCGCUGCAACUUGCCCAUGCCCCCACCCCCUCGCAACCCCUAUUACUAGCCUGUUCAACCUCUCUUUCGUAUCGUCUGAGAUCCCCAGAGAUUGGAAGGCUGCCGCGGUCAUCCCCCUCUUCAAAGGGGGUGACACUCUAGAUCCAAACUGUUACAGACCUACAGUGAGGGAAAAAAGUAUUUGAUCCCCUGCUGAUUUUGUACGUUUGCCCACUGACCAAGACAUAAUCAGUCUAUAAUUUUAAUGGUAGGUUUAUUUGAACAGUGAGAGACAGAAUAACAACAACAAAAUCCAGAAGAACGCAUGUCAAAAAUGUUAUAAAUUGAUUUGCAUUUUAAUGAGGGGAAAUAAGUAUUUGACCCCUCUGCAAAACAUGACUUAGUACUUGGUGGCAAAACCCUUGUUGGCAAUCACAGAGGUCAGGCGUUUCUUGUAGUUGGCCACCAGGUUUGCACACAUCUCAGGAAGGAUUUUGUCCCACUCCUCUUUGCAGAUCUUCUCCAAGUCAUUAAGGUUUCGAGCCUGAGGUUUGGCAACUCGAACCUUCAACUCCCUCCACAGAUUUUCUAUGGGAUUAAGGUCUGGAGACUGGCUAGGCCACUCCAGGACCUUAAUGUGCUUCUUCUUGAGCCACUCCUUUGUUGCCUUGGCCGUGUGUUUUGGGUCAUUGUCAUGCUGAAAUACCCAUCCACGACCCAUUUUCAAUGCCCUGGCUGAGGGAAGGAGGUUCUCACCCAAGAUUUGACGGUACAUGGCGCCGUCCAUCAUCCCUUUGAUGCGGUGAAGUUGUCCUGUCCCCUUAGCAGAAAAACACCCCCAAAACAUAACGUUUCCACCUCCCAUGUUUGACGGUGGGAAUGGUGUUCUUGGGGUCAUAGGCAGCAUUCCUCCUCCUCCAAACACGGCGAGUUGAGUUGAUGCCAAAGAGCUCGAUUUUGGUCUCAUCUGACCACAACACUUACACCCAGUUCUCCUCUGAAUCAUUCAGAUGUUCAUUGGCAAACUUCAGAUGGGCCUGUACAUGUGCUUUCUUGAGCAGGGGGACCUUGCGGGCGCUGCAGGAUUUCAGUCCUUCACAGCGUAGUGUGUUACCAAUUGUUUUCUUGGUGAAAUAUGGUCCCAGCUGCCUGGAGAUCAUUGACAAGAUCCUCCCGUGUAGUUCUAGGCUGAUUCCUCAACGUUCUCAUGAUCAUUGCAACUCCACAAGGUGAGAUCUUGCAUGGAGCCCCAGGCCGAGGGAGAUUGACAGUUCUUUUGUCUUUCUUCCAUUUGCGAAUAAUCGCACCAACUGUUGUCACCUUCUCACCAAGCUGCUUGGCGAUGGUCUUGUAGCCCAUUCCAGCCUUGUGUAGGUCUACAAUCUUGACCCUGACAUCCUUGGAGAGCUCUUUGGUCUUGGCCAUGGUGGAGAGUUUAGAAUCUGAUUGAUUGCUUCUGUGGACAGGUGUCUUUUAUACAGGUAACAAACUGAGAUUAGGAGCACUCCCUUUAAGAGUGUGCUCCUAAUCUCAGCUCGUUACCUGUAUAAAAGACACCUGGGAGCCAGAAAUCUUUCUGAUUUUGAGAGGGGGUCAAAUACUUAUUUCCCUCAUUAAAAUGCAAAUCAAUUUAUAAAAUUUUUGACAUGUGUUUUUCUGGAUAUUUUUGUUGUUUUGUUGUUCUGUCUCUCACUGUUCAAAUAAACCUACCAUUAAAAUUAUAGACUGAUAAUUUCUUUGUCAGUAGGCAAACGUACAAAAUCAGCAGGGGAUCAAAUACUUUUUGCCUCACUGUACAUCCAUCUUACCCUGCCUUUCGAAAGUAUUUGAAAGCCAAGUUAACAAACAGAUCACCAACCACUUCGAAUCCCACCGUACCUUCUCCGCUAUGCAAUCUGGUUUCCAAGCUGGUCAUGGGUGCACCUCAGCCAUGCUCAAGGUCCUAAACGAUAUAAUAACCGCGAUUGAUAAAAGACAGUACUUUGCAGCCGUCUUCAUCGACCUGGCCAAGGCUUUUAACUCUUGUCAAUCACUGCAUUCUUAUUGGCAGACUAAAUAGCCUUGGUUUCUCAACUGACUGCCUCACCUGGUUUACCAACUACUUGUCAGAUAGAGUUCAAUGUGUCAAAUCGGAGGGCCUGUUGUCUGGACCUCUGGCAGUCUCUAUGGGGGUGUCACAGGGUUCAAUUCUCGGGCUGACUCUAUUCUCUGUGUAUAUCAAUGAUGUCGCUCUUGCUGCUGGUGACUCUCAGAUCCACCUCUACGCAGACGACAACAUUUUGUAUACAUCUGGCCCUUCAUUGGACACUGUGUUAACAAACCUCCAAACGAGUUUCAAUGCCAUACAACACUCCUUCCGUGGCCUCCAACUGCUCUUAAACGCUAGUAAAACUAAAUGCAUUCUCUUCAAUCGAACGAUGCUUGCACCCGUCCGCCUGACUAGAAUCACUACUCUCGGCUGGUCUGACUUAGAAUAUGUGGACAACUACAAAUACCUAGGUGUCUGGUUAGACCGUAAACUCUCCUUCCAGACUCACAUUAAGCAUCUCCAAUCCAAAGUUAAAUCUAGAAUUAGCUUCCUGUUUCGCAACAAAGCCUCCUUCACUCAUGCUGCUAAACAUGCCCUCGUAAAACGGACUAUCCUACCGAUCCUUGACUUCGGCGAUGUAAUUUACAAAAUAGCUUCCAACACUCAACUCAGCAAAUUGGAUGUAGUCUAUCACAGUGCCAUCCGUUUUGUCACCAAAGCCCCAUAUACUACCCACCAUUGUGACCUGUAUGCUCUCGUUGGCUGGCCCUCACUACAUAUUUGUCGCCAAACCCACUGGCUCCAGGUCAUCUAUAAAUCACUUCUAGGCAAAUCCCCGCCUUAUCUUAGCUCAUUGGUCCCCAUAGCAACACCCACCCGUAGUAUGCGCUCCAGCAGGUAUAUCUCACUGGUCAUCCCCAAAGCCAACACCUCCUUUGGCCGCCAUUCCUUCCAGUUCUCUGCUGCAAAUGACUGGAACGAACUACAAAAUGCUCUGAAGCUGGAGACACUUAUCUCCCUCACUAUCUUUAAGCAUCAGUUGUUAUUUAUUUUGCUCAUAUGCACCCCAUUAUCUCUAUUUGCACAUCUAUCACUCCAGUGUUAAUACUAAAUUGUAAUUAUUUUGCACUAUGGCCUUAUUUGUAUUUUAUUUCAUCUUUAUUUAACCAGGUAAGCCAGUUGAGAACAAGUUCUCAUUUACAACUGCGACCUGGCCAAGAUAAAGCAAAGCAGUGCAAUUAAAAACAACAACACAGAGUUACAUAAGGGGUAAAACAAAACAUAAAGUCAAAAAUACCACAGAAAAUAUAUAUACAGUGUGUGCAAAUGUAGCAAGUUAUGGAGGUAAGGCAGUAAAUAGGCCAUAGUGCAAAAUAAUUACAAUUAGUAUUAACACUGGAAUUAUAUAUGUGCAAAUAGAGAUACUGGGGUGCAAAUGAGCAAAAUAAAUAACAAUAUGGGGAUGAGGUAGUUGAGUGGGCUAAUUACAGAUAGGCUGUGUACAGGUGCAGUGAUCGGUAAGGUGCUCUGCCAACUGAUGCUUAAAGUUAGUGAGGGAGAUAAGAGUCUCCAGCUUCAGAGAUUUUUGCAGUUCGUUCCAGUCAUUGGCAGCAGAGAACUGGAAGGAAUGGCGGCCAAAGGAGGUGUUGGCUUUGGGGAUGACCAGUGAGAUAUACCUGCUGGAGCGCAUACUACGGGUGGGUGUUGCUAUGGUGACCAAUGAGCGAAGAUAAGGCGGGGAUUUGCCUAGCAGUGAUUUAUAGAUGGCCUGGAGCCAGUGGGUUUGGCGACGAAUACGUAUUGAGGACCAGUCAACAAGAGCGUACAGGUCACAGUGGUGUGUAGUGUAUGGGGCUUUGGAGACAAAACGGAUGGCACUGUGAUAGACUACAUCCAAUUUGCUGAGUAGAGUGUUGGAGGCUAUUUUGUAAAUGACAUCGGCGAAGUCAAGGAUCGGUAGGAUAGUCAGUUUUACGAGGGCAUGUUUGGCAGCAUGAGUGAAGGAGGCUUUGUUGCGAAAUAGGAAGCCGAUUCUAGAUUUAAUUUAUUGCCUUUCCUCCAUAACUUACUACAUUUGCACACACUGUAUAUAGAUUUUCUAUUUUCUAUUGUGUUAUUGACUGUACGUUUUUGUUUAUUCCAUAUGUAACUCUGUUGUUGUUUUUAUCGCACUGCUUUGCUUUAUCUUGGCCAGGUCGCAGUUGUAAAUGAGAACUUGUUCUCAACUGGCUUACCUGGUUAAAUAAAAUAAAAAUGUAUAGAUCAAAUUAUAUUUCAACAAAAUAAUGUUGCAGGAAUUCUAAUCUUAUCUGUUUCUAACUACUGAAAUGAAUUCAGAACAAUCUGAAAUGGUGGGUGUCAAUCUUGUGCUUUUUGAGGUGGAAUGACCCUAAUGAAAGUUCACAGAAGUAACAAGUAAAGGUAGACCUAUCAAUUAGUUAUAUUGUUUUUACUGAUAUCAAUUGUGUUUAUGAAUUAUUAAGUCAUUUAAAACUCUGUAACAGAAUUUCUGCAAUUGAGUUGGCUACAAUGGGAAAUCAUAGUAGUCUCAAACCAUAGUUGGGUCACUUGCUACUGUCCUCCCCUCCACUGGCAUACUGUUUUGUUCAUUUCUCUCUCCAAUUAAUGUCACCUUUUCCGGCUGUUGCUGACACCUACCUACCCAUGAGCCCCCUCUCUUUCCAUUUACUGUAACCUGCAUCCUCACCCACUGAGCACCAACCGACACCGGACUUUGAAAGUCCUGUACUGUAGGGUGGAGUAGUGUUCAGUACAGUACACAGAAGAGCACAUUUGAGUUGAGUACACUAUAAUGUGCUGAACAAUACUCUACUUUACUGCACUGUACUGAACUCUACUGUAUUGUACUGAAGCUCCCCACCCAUUCAGCCUGUCUUUUCAAACUCCCUGGUAGUUAGACAUAGGAGAAAAAGUACUUUUCAGAAUGACAGUUCAGGACCUUACAUUUUUCUAGACGCACUGGUGCUCCUAAAUUAAAAUUCCAGGUCGCAAAGCAAGAUAUUUAGGUGCAUAUGUGAGUAAAAUGGUCACACUGUAGAGCCCUGCAUUCAGAGCCCUGCAUUCAUAUCCAUAAUUAUGAAUUUCUGUGUAUUACAGAUCAGAGACCCAUGAUCCAUUACUGCAAUUCUGUUACCGGGUGUAAAUCCACUUCACUUAGUGUAGUUCAAUAACCAAAAUAUAUAUAUUUUUCAAACUCAAGGUGUCAUGUCAUACAGAUGUAGGAUGCUAAUUUGAUCACUCUUUUGUUGCUGAGAAUUUUCCUGCACAGCAAGAAAUGCAAACUUGUAGUGUAUUCAAGGUUUAAGAAGACUUCUUCUAAAGUUUAUAAUUACCACUUUAAAAUGUCAGACUUUAUUUAUAACGAAAAAUGUAUUAACCCAUACAAGAAAAUGAUAUUAAUUCUAAUCCAUGUAAUAAUUCACAUUUCCUGUUCCUGCAGGAUUAUUUUCCGGCUAUAGCAAACUGGCUCAAAUUAAGAACCUACAUCUGUAGCUGACACCCCAUUCUUUCUGCAGACAUCUUUGAAUCUUAAUUCGGAGCAGAUAGGCCUAUUUAACAGUUUUUUUGGAUAAUGUGGUCGCAGAAAAAACUGAGGGAGAUUUUACCAAGAUUCUGUUACCAAACUUUGCAUCUGCAUAGUUCUUCCAGUAAAUGUGUUUUUGUAAAAUGUUCAGUGUAAAUUGUUAAAAGUAGUCCUUAUUUAUAGAGUUGUGUUUUUUUAGUUUGCCAUACAUUUAAAGUUUUAAAUUCUGAGUGUCAGCGCAAUUCAGUUACAGUGGAAUUGCCCUUAGGCUACAUCACAAUGUACAAAGCAAUACAAUGUGCACAGUUUGCCUCUUUUCUCCUUCUCUCCACCCUUUCUUUUCCCCACUCUCCCUCCCCCACUCCCUUCAUACAGCCCUGUCACCAAACAAUACCUGUACUGUGCUUGACUUCAGUAACACACCAAACCCCCACUUUUAACACAACCAUGGCCCUCAAGUGUUCACUCUACCACACUAUUUCUUCAACAGUCUUGACGCAUCACAGCAUUCUCUAAAAACGGAAGAAAAAACACAUUGUUUGAAAACAUUUCCUCUCACUCACUUUACUCCUACACCACCUCCUUUCUCCCAAGUAAGGCCUAGCCUGUCUGUGUAUAAAUUGUAAGUUGAAUAGCCUAUUUAUUGUACAGUGGGGAAAAAAAGUAUUUAGUCAGCCACCAAUUGUGCAAGUUCUCCCACUUAAAAAGAUGAGAGAGGCCUGUAAUUUUCAUCAUAGGUACACGUCAACUAUGACAGACAAAAUGAGGAAAAAAAAUCCAGAAAAUCACAUUGUAGGAUUUUUAAUGAAUUUAUUUGCAAAUUAUGGUGGAAAAUAAGUAUUUGGUCAAUAACAAAAGUUUCUCAAUACUUUGUUAUAUACCCUUUGUUGGCAAUGACACAGGUCAAACGUUUUCUGUAAGUCUUCACAAGAUUUUCACACACUGUUGCUGGUAUUUUGGCCCAUUCCUCCAUGCUGAUCUCCUCUAGAGCAAUGAUGUUUUGGGGGUGUCGCUGGGCAACACAGACUUUCAACUCCCUCCAAAGAUUUUCUAUGGGGUUGAGAUCUGGAGACUGGCUAGGCCACUCCAGGACCUUGAAAUGCUUCUUACGAAGUCACUCCUUCGUUGCCCGGGCGUUGUGUUUGGGAUCAUUGUCAUGCUGAAAGACCCAGCCACGUUUCAUCUUCAAUGCCCUUGCUGAUGGAAGGAGGUAUUCACUCAAAAUCUCACGAUACAUGGCCCUAUUCAUUCUUUCCUUUACAUGGAUCAGUCGUCCUGGUCCCUUUGCAGAAAAACAGCCCCAAAGCAUGAUGUUUCCACCCCCAUGCUUCACAGUAGGUAUGGUGUUCUUUGGAUGCAACUCAGCAUUCUUUGUCCUUUAAACACGACGAGUUGAGUUUUUACCAAAAAGUAAUAUUUUGGUUUCAUCUGACCAUAUGACAUUCUCGCAAUCCUCUUCUGGAUCAUCCAAAUGCACUCUAGCAAACUUCAGACGGGCCUGGACAUGUACUGGCUUAAGCAGGGGGACACGUCUGGCACUGCAGGAUUUGAGGCCUGGCGGCGUAGUGUGUUACUGAUGGUAGGCUUUGUUACUUUGGUCCCAGCUCUCUGCAGGUCAUUCACUAGGUCCCCCCGUGUGGUUCUGGGAUUUUUGCUCACCGUUCUUGUGAUCAUUUUGACCCCACGGGGUGAGAUCUUGCGUGGAGCCCCAGAUCGAGGGAGAUUAUCAGUGGUCUUGUAUGUCUUCCAUUUCCUAAUAAUUGCUCCCACAGUUGAUUUCUUCAAACCAAGCUGCUUACCUAUUGCAGAUUCAGUCUUCCCAGCCUGGUGCAGGUCUACAAUUUUGUUUCUGGUGUCCUUUGACAGCUCUUUGGUCUUGGCCAUAGUGGAGUUUGGAGUGUGACUGUUUGAGGUUGUGGACUGGUGUCUUUUAUACUGAUAACAAGUUCAAACAGGUGUCAUUAAUACAGGUAAUGAGUUUAGGACAGAGGAGCCUCUUAAAGAAGAAGUUACAGGUCUGUGAGAGCCAGAAAUCUUGCUUGUUUGUAGGUGACCAAAUACUUAUUUUCCACCAUCAUUUGCAAAUAAAUUCAUUAAAAAUCCUACAAUGUGAUUUUCUGGAUUUUUUUUCUCAUUUUGUCUGUCAUAGUUGACGUGUACCUAUGAUGAAAAUUACAGGCCUCUCUCAUCUUUUUAAGUGGGAGAACUUGCACAAUUGGUGGCUGACUAAAUAAUUUUUUCCCCCACUGUAUAUGUUUUAUUAUAGUGCCAGUGAAUAACCUUGCCACACAUUCCGCACAGGGCCACUUGACGUGUGUUGUGGCGUCUGUGUGUAGUCAGAGCUGCGCUCAGAUCCGGUAUCUUGACACAGAUGCAGUUUUGGGGGUGUAUUUGAAAUAUCAUCAUGGUCCUCCAUUUGAUCUAAAAGACUUGCAUCUAGAUUUAUAGGAGCCAUAUUUCCUUUUUAAAGUGCUUUCUUAAUCUUAAUGGCAAAUAUACAUGUUAUGUGAAACUUUCAUCAAAAAUUAUAUAAAUUCAAUAACAACAUACAAUAACAAUCUUCUUGAGUUCAUGUGUGCAUGUGUGCUGGAUCAUGGCAUGUGUGUGUGCAAAAAAGGUCAGAGGUGUGACUGGAUAUCAAAUGUCCAAAAGGUACCAUGGCACUGUUCAGUAUCGUAAUCACCCCCAUGGUAAAAGGAUUUACAUAGAUUUGCCUUUCUUAUGGGUCUAUUUGAAGUCAUAUUUAGGCUAACUCAUAUUUUUGCUUUUUGAAAUGUACAAAUUGGGGUCGAUUUUGAAAUGCUCUCAUGUAUAAGUUAAAAAUAUACAGUACCAGUCAAAAGUUUGGACACACCUACUCAUUCAAGAGUUUUUCUUUAUUUUUACUAUUUUCUACAUUGUAGAAUAAUAGUGAAGACAUCAAAACUAUGAAAUAACACAUAUGGAAUCAUGUAGUAACCAAAAAUGUGUUAAACAAAUCAAAAUAUAUUUUGUAUUAAAGAAAAACCCUUAUGAGUAGGUGUGUCAACUUUUGACUGGUAGUGUGUUUAUAUAGAUAUAUGCUCACCCCUAAUGCAUCAUCUAGUGAUGCCCUUUUACAGUGUGUGUGUGGUCUGUAUGAGUCAAGGCCACAGAUAUGUCAUUAAGAAAGGGUUUUCCCCCUCUGACGUAAAUUAGAAUUGUCCCUGUACUCCCACAGCAUAGUAGCUGAAACUGAAAGACCCCCUCAGAUAAAAACGGGCAGAUGUGUGUGUUAAUAUCUAAACCACACCAAAUAAUCCCCCCCCCCCCCCCCCCCCCAAAUAACUUCCCUCCACCACUCAAGCCCAGGGGAAGCUUUAAACCACAGCUGUUCCUUGUGCCAAGGUUGGGAGGUGAGAGGGUUCAUUCCCUUUUGAAAAAAGAAAAUAUAAAAAAUCCCUGACCUUUUAAUUUGGCAUGUACGUGCCUGUUGAUAAACAGCAUCAGAGUAAGGAAGCUUAAAGGCAAACAGGUAAUUGUGUGUGUUUGUGAAACAGUAUGAUUUGAGAUGUUGUUUGAAGAAGAGCGGUUACAGUGAGUGUGACCAACUCACGUUCCCUAGGUUUGUGAUACUUGGAAAGGGAGAGGGAUUUAGACAGAGGAUGAGAAGGGAGGAGCUGGACAACAAGGGAGCUGGACUAGGUAGUAAGAUAAGAAAGCGUAGUUCAUGGGAUCUGGGAAACGGCCAUGUAAUUACAUUGAGAGACAUGCAUUUGUAAAAUGCUUGCAGCAAUGUCUUUUACCACAUGAGUCAUUCAGUCAUUUAAAGAGGUCUGUUUUUCCUUCUUAUCUCAUUUUCUAUCAACUGCAUUAUCAACUUUUCCGUAGCCGCUCAUUGAUUUUCAAUGUUUUCCCCUCUCAAAUUGAGAUGAUGCAUCCUGUCUGAACUCCAAGGACACCUGUGUUAGGGAGUCCUUGGAGUAUCUGAGGCCAGUCUUCCAUAGGUACUAUAACCAGUGGGGCAAAUCUAAUCUGGGUGUCAGGUAGCCUAGAGCAUUGGGCCAAUAACGUUACAAGUUCGAAUCCCCGAGCCAACAAUAUGAAAAGUCCACCGAUGUGCCCUUGAAAUAGGACAAAUAUAAACACUCACCAAAUUAUUAUUAUUAUAAUCAGAUACAAGUUUGGGCCUCCUACCUAUUAACUAUCAGGUUUUACUGUCUGUUUGAAAAUGGGAACUCUUUGAACAGAUCUCGCUAUGGCCUUUAUUGAUCAAAGUACAGCAUGUUGACAUGGAAACAUAUUUUGUUCCAGCAUAGCCUACAUGUUCUCACCGAUCUGAUUAGCAUGUUUUCUAAUACUAGAGUUUCUCAGGAUUGUAGUCUUGCCUCAAUGGUCAAUCCAACAUGUGAACGUAAAUAUGCCUCCAAACAUUCUCACGGACUAAGUACCAUGUGAGAAACACACUGCCUGCCUAAGAUCACUGAACCUGUGUCUAGAAAGCCAACUAGCUAUUGCUAUAGAAUCAGAAGACUGAGAGCACAGAUACAAUAACAGCAGCAUAUGCACCGUGCACAAGCAUGCACACGCACACACACUUCCUUUGUAUCGAACGGAGUGGGAUAGUCGGAGGUAGGGGAUGGGGUGAGUAGAGUGGUGUGUUUUUCUGCCUGGUGGCGUCUGAGUGUCUUAAUGGGUUAUUCCCUGUCUGGGUGCUGCCUGCCUCGCGCGGCGCUCUUUCCGCCCUCCUCGUCUAGAGUAACACCUCCAACCUCAACCCCAGUUUACAGGAUGUCUGCAAGUAAUAAUCCCCUUUCACUUUUUAGCUACUUUACUUUAGCUCUCUCUGUUUUUGAAGCCUUAUAUUUACAGGGUUCUGGUUACACUUUUAAUUAGGCUUCUAGCAACAUUUAAGCCUGUUUAUCAAUAUAUUUGCAAAAGGACUAACCUUCUGGAAGAAUUCUGUGUUUUACAUUGUGAAACCAAAAAGCUCAUGCUUCCUUCCUUCCUGGGAAUGUUUGGGAAAUACAAAUGCAACAGAGGGUCUGGUGUUUACAUUGAGGUCAUUUUAUAGACUACGAUGGAAGAAAACAAAUAUCGGCAUUUCACAUCGUGUCACUGUCUAGACUGGGUUAAUGACAGUCACAGCUGCUCACACAAGUCAACCCCCUCCUCUGUACAAACCACUACUACAACCCCCUCCCCUUCGCCCCAAAACCCACCAACGUUCUCUACCCCCCCCCCCCCCCCCCCCCCCCCCAAAAAAAAAGCCAUCGCCGCCGGGGUUUAAAACACAUUGAACGCCCCUUCUCUGCCUUUACUUUUAUUUAAUUUUUUCCUCCCCCUUGCCAUCUAGUUUUCAGGACUAGGCUGCCUGCGGCUAAUCCCAAACCUCCAGUACAGACAACAAACUCCUAAAAACUUUAGGGGUUCCCCCUUUCGUCUUAUCCCCGCUCCCUGUACUCAGGAAGCUGACCUGGAGGAUGGCUUAACCCAACAACUACAUUCUUGGUUCACUCCCCUACCCCCACUGAUCUCAGCUCAGUCUGGGUUGGUCAAAUUCCCUGUAAUCGCCACACAAAGGGCCAGUGUGAUGUUGAUUAAGGAUUAUGAAAUUGUAUGGGCAAAGUCCACUUUUGACUAUAGUAACACUGUCAGUAGAGCACCACUAUUUAAAAGCAAGCUGUCUGCACUAAACAGAGAGACCUUUUGUCUUUGAACCGCACUUCCCUCAUGUAUGUCUACCAUUCUAGAGGCUGUAUGUUGAGAGUAUCACAUUACCCAGAUGUCUUUGAACUUUCUUGUGAUGUCUGCAUGUGCAAUAACUUGUAAAAUUGCUUCUCCUUCAAAGUGUGUGUGUGUGUGCGUCCUUUCUGUGAUCUGGUUCACCCAAAGAGACCUCACUGCAUGCUGUGCUGACCUUGCUGUCUGACAGACCUGUGAAAAUCUCUCAAGCCCCCCACACAGAUGUCUACAUUUACAUUUACAUUUACGUCAUUUAGCAGACGCUCUUAUCCAGAGCGACUUACAAAUUGGUGCAUUCACCCUAUAGCCAGUGCACCACUUUACUUUUUUUUUAGGGGGGGGGGGGGGGGUUAGAAGGAUGACUUUAUCCUAUCCCAGGUAUUCCUUAAAGAGAUGGGGUUUCAAAUGUCUCCGGAAGGUGGUGAGUGACUCCGCUGUCCUGGUGUCGUGAGGGAGCUUGUUCCACCAUUGGGGUGCCAGAGCAGCGAACAGUUUUGACUGGGCUGAGCGGGAACUAUGCUUCCGCAGAGGAAGGGGAGCCAGCAGGCCAGAGGUGGAUGAACGCAAUGCCCUCGUUUGGGUGUAGGGACUGAUCAGAGCCUGAAGGUACGGAGGUGCCGUUCCCCUCACAGCUCCAUAGGCAAGCACCAUGGACUUGUAACAGAUGCGAGCUUCAACUGGAAGCCAGUGGAGUGUGCGGAGGAGCGGGGUGACGUGAGAGAACUUGGGAAGGUUGAACACCAGACGGGCUGCGGCAUUCUGGAUGAGUUGUAGGGGUUUAAUGGCACAGGCAGGGAGCCCGGCCAACAGCGAGUUGCAGUAAUCCAGACGGGAGAUGACAAGUGCCUGGAUUAGGACCUGUGCCGCUUCCUGUGUAAGGCAGGGUCGUACUCUCCGAAUGUUGUAGAGCAUGAACCUGCAGGAUCGGGUCACCGCCUUGAUGUUAGCGGAGAACGACAGGGUGUUGUCCAGGGUCACGCCAAGGCUCGGGCAGUCCUUCCCCGGGAGGAAGAGCAGCUCCGUCUUGCCAAGGUUCAGCUUGAGGUGGUGAUCCGUCAUCCAUACUGAUAUGUCUGCCAGACAUGCAGAGAUGCGAUUCGCCACCUGGUUAUCAGAAGGGGGAAAGGAGAAGAUUAGUUGUGUAUCGUCAGCGUAGCAAUGAUAGGAGAGGCCAUGUGAGGAUAUGACAGAGCCAAGUGACUUGGUGUAUAGAGAGAACAGGAGAGGGCCUAGAACUGAGCCCUGGGGGACACCAGUGGUGAGAGCACGUGGUGCGGAGACAGCUUCUCGCCACGCCACUUGGUAGGAGCGACCGAUCAGGUAGGACGCAAUCCAAGAGUGAGCCGCGCCGGAGAUGCCCAGCUCGGAGAGGGUGGAGAGGAGGAUCUGAUGGUUCACAGUAUCAAAGGCAGCAGACAGGUCUAGAAGGACAAGAGCAGAGGAGAGAGAGUUAGCUUUAGCAGUGCGGAGAGCCUCCGUGACACAGAGAAGAGCAGUCUCAGUUGAAUGACCAGUCCUGAAACCUGACUGGUUUGGAUCAAGAAGGUAAUUCUGAGAGAGAUAGCAAGAGAGUUGGCUAAAGACGGCACGCUCAAUAGUUUUGGAAAGAAAAGAAAGAAGGGAUACUGGUCUGUAGUUGUUGACAUCAGAGGGAUCAAGUGUUGGUUUUUUGAGAAGGGGUGCAACUCUCGCUCUCUUGAAGACGGAAGGGACAUAGCCAGCGGUCAAGGAUGAGUUGAUCAGCGAGGUGAGGUAGGCGAGAAUGUGGCAAAGAGCUUCCUAGGGUUAGAGGCUUGGAAUUUAGAGUGGUAGAAAGUGGCCUUAGCAGCAGAAACAGAUGAAGAAAAUGUAGAGAGGAGGGAGUGAAAAGAUGCCAGGUCCGCAGGGAGUCUAGUUUUCUUCCAUUUCCGCUCCCUGCCCAUGUCUACUGAACUGGGUUGAUAUUGUGUGAUUUUUAUCCAAAAACCUGUUUCAGGCUAGGAGCUCAGGUGAAAGAGUUACGUGAGGUGCAGGUUAUUAACUGUUUAUGGCAUUGAAGGAAAGUCAGUCACAAAAGUAGGCUAGAAAAGUGUAACUUACCUAAAUGUUAACUUUUCGAUAAGUUCUGCUGAUCACUCAAAUCUUUCUCUUUUCUCCUUAGCUAGCUAAAAUAAAUGAAGGCUCUGUCCUGUUUAGAAACAGAACUAGGCUACGUUAGCUUGAACUAGCUACUUGCUUUAGCGUUGGCUGGCUAGCUAGCUAUGAAACUUGUGGACAAGAGGCUAAUUAGGAGGAGAGGAAUAUUAUGAAAUGUUUGAGAGGAACCUUCAAACAAUUUAAAGAAAAAAAUGCCAUUAAAGCUAUCUCCAUUUUAAAGUAAUACAUUUUCUUAUUCUUUUGAUGUUUGGAAAAAAUGUAAAGCUAAUAUUUGUUAUUUACCGCCACCAGCAGUGCUGGAGUCUUGAACCAAAUCGUGCGCGUCACCAGAUGGCAGUGAUAUAGUUUAAAGCCAUCUACAAACUAGGCAAACCAAUUUAAAGAAAAAGACAAGUUAGGAAUCCCCGCCUAGUUGACUACUUUAAAAUGGUGGAAGCCCUCAAUGUCCAAGCAAAAACGGGUUAUUUUCAAGUAGAGAUCUCAAUCCAUCUCUGGAAUGGCUACAAUUGUUUCCCUGCCCGCCGCCGAACGUGUCUUUUGAAAUGGCCUGCUUUGGCGAGCAGUUUGAUUACCGUUGAUACUCUAUUUCUGGGAUGAACCACCUCUGUAGGGUAGGGGUGUUGUUGCACUGUCUUGUACUCUUGUGAUUUUAAAAACACCAUUAGCAAAUAGGGUCAAUUUAGUGACAGUCUGGGAUAAAAACAUGUUUGUCCCCAUCUGGAAUGGUUUCAAACAACACAUCUCUCUGCGUGUGCUUAGUUUUGUGAAAUGCUGCCAUUUGGGGCAUGAUAAAUAACAUUUCUGAGAGGUAUAGUUCAAAAGAUUAUUAAAGGUUCAUCAAACUAAAGGGUUGCUUUCCUCUUCAACAACUAAAGACUUGUACAAUGCACACAAUGUCAACUUAGUCCUAGUCCCUGUGACCCAAAAUACUCAAUAUGUUGAAUCACUCUCUGGUACCUUCUCUAUCCUGCUUUAUCAAAAGAUACAGUUCUCUUAAAAUGUCGGGCUAUUUUCUAAUAAACUCACUGGCUAUUAUUUCGAAGUGUCCUUAGAAAUGCAAUGUGUUCUCCAAAAGAAAAGCUGAAAGAGUUUGGGUAUUCUCUGGGAAAUGGUGUUCAUUUGGAGGAAGAUUUUAAUAAACACACCGUAAAUCUGUUUUUCUUUAGUCCUAUGCUUUAGCUUACAGGUGUAUACUGGUGCCAGUAUAAAAGAAAUAGAGCCCGUACACUCAAGCUCCACCAUGUUCUAUGAGAAUAAUAGAACAUGGUGGAGCUUAUGAGUGUACGGGCUCUAUUUAUUUUAUACUGACUUUUUUUCGGCCCUGCACCCCACUAAAGGAUGUGCGUUUGAUCACGGUUGACUAAAUUGGUGCCAGGGAAAUGUAAUGGUCAAAGGGCCCCUGUGUGGUACUGCUGCUGUCUUUGAACGCCCUCUGCUGUAUAUAAACUUGCAUCUCAUACAGUGGAGGAGUGAAAUUGUCUUGAAAUGGUUUUUAUGUGGCAGUGCCGGACACAACUUCUUAUACAAUUACAGCUUUGAGCGUGUUUUGAGCUUUACCCAAACCGUUAUUCAAAAAUAUUGAAAUAAUAAUAUAUAUAUCUCUCUCUCUCUCUGUACAGCUUUGUGGUGUAACUGCACCACAGCCCAGUGUGAAAAAACUGGCUCCCAGUGUGAGACAGACGGGGCCUGCAUGGCCUCCACGUCCUUCAUCGACGGCCAGGAGCAGCACAUCCGUAUCUGCAUCACCCGGGACAAGCUGGUGCCCCCGGGCCAACCCUUCUACUGUCUGAGCGCUGAGGGCCUCCUCAACACACACUGCUGCUACACUAACUACUGCAACAGCCUCGACCUCAAAGUGCCCUCUGGUGAGCCACACUCUCUCUCUCUCGCUCUGGCUCGACACUGGUCAUGGAAUAUAAGCUGUUCACCACCACACACAAGCGCAUGUCCCAGGCUGCUUAUACACACCCCCACGUUACGACCCACAGGGCUAGGAUGUCUGCUACAAUAGAGGACAAGGGUCUCAAACACAGUUCAGUGAGUUGUGUUACGUUUACUGAUUAAAUGUGAAAUAUGUAUUUACUCUUAUUCUUUCUCUUCCCUCUCUCAGUGACGUCGCGGCCGGGCCUGGGGGGCGGCUUUGGCCCUGAUGGGAAAUGGGGUCUAGUGGAGCUGGUGGCAGUGAUCGCAGGGCCCGUCUUCCUGCUGUGUGUGCUGCUAAUCAUGGGUGUGUUCCUGUUCCAGUACCACCAGAGGGCCUACAGCCACAGGCAGAGGCUGGAGGUGGAGGACCCCUCCUGUGACCACCUCUACAUGGCCAAGGACAAGACCCUGCAGGAUCUCAUCUAUGACAUGUCCACCUCUGGAUCAGGCUCCGGUCAGUACAGCAAAGCUAGGGCUCUGAUCUAUUCAAGCAGUCAUAAAACAGGAAAAAAUGUAAUUAGUGACUGUAGCUUUAAUGAUGUCUUCCAUAGAAGAAAACAAACUCCAUAGGGGGAAAUGUGGUUGAUAUUCUGCGGUUGAUAUAAGGCAUGUGUCACAAUGUGAUUGUCUGACUAUAUAUUCCUCUUUCUUUUUGCCUUGUCUCUGUGUCCCGUAUGCCUCUGUCCUCUCCGUCCUCUGUCUCUGUGCAGGCCUCCCUCUGUUUGUCCAGCGGACAGUGGCCAGGACCAUCGUGCUGCAGGAGAUUAUAGGGAAAGGGCGUUUCGGUGAGGUGUGGCGGGGCCGCUGGAGAGGAGGAGACGUGGCGGUGAAGAUCUUCUCGUCCAGAGAGGAGCGCUCCUGGUUCCGCGAGGCCGAGAUCUACCAGACCAUCAUGCUGCGUCACGAAAACAUCCUGGGAUUCAUCGCCGCCGACAACAAAGGUAACAAAACACUGGCCCUCGUCCUAUGACAUCACAACAAAUAUUCCCCUUCAGGUCAGUUUUUCAGGUCAGGUCUGAAAAAUUGGUCUCUGAACUUAUCGUCCAUCUCUCUUUCUGUCAUAGAUAAUGGCACAUGGACCCAGCUGUGGCUGGUGUCAGACUACCACGAGUACGGCUCUUUGUUUGACUACCUGAACCGCUACUCCAUCACCAUUGAGGGAAUGAUCAAACUGUCACUGUCCGCUGCCAGCGGCCUGGCACACCUGCACAUGGAGAUCCUGGGCACACAGGGUGAGUGUGUGCCUCUGUAAAUGUAGGCCAUGUUUCCUAGGCGUUAGGAAACUCCAGCUCUCCCAUUCAGCCUGGUGGCAGUCUGGGUUAUGGAUCUGCCCAGUAUGAGUUACAAAGCAGCCCCUCUAAACUAAAGCAUCUCUGAGUGCACUGACUCAGAGCAACCCAGACCAACAGAGAUUUUCCAUGACAGGUCAUUCAGGAAGAACAUUUACAUUUUUGUCGACUGUAGCAUACAAUGGUAAACUGCAGAUAUCCAUGAUUAAUGUUUGAUUUAAAUGAAUUGGACAACAUAAAACACAAGUUUCACACAAACAUGUUAAUGAUCAGUUACAUUAGUUCCAUUGAUUGCCAGGAAUGCAGUAAUUGUCAGGUAGGCUAACUCUCUUGGCCCUACUCUAGGUAAGCCUGGUAUUGCCCACCGGGACCUCAAGUCUAAGAACAUCCUGGUGAAGAAAAACAGUACCUGUGCCAUCGCUGACUUGGGGCUGGCCGUGCGCCACGAGUCCACCACCGACACCAUAGACAUCGCCCCCAACCAGAGAGUGGGCACAAAGAGGUACAAACACACACAUAUCCUCAACCUUAAGAAGUACUUGAUUUCUCAACUUCACCCACAGACCUUACAACCCUCAUGCCAUCCCAGCUUAAUAAAAACACAUUUCUCUCUUUCAGGUACAUGGCCCCUGAGGUUCUGGAUGAGAGUAUCAACAUGAGGCACUUUGAUUCGUUUAAGUGUGCAGACAUCUACGCUCUGGGGCUGGUUUACUGGGAGAUUGCACGCCGCUGCAACGCUGGAGGUCAGACAGGCUCCCCCUCAGCACAUUCUGUCUGGUCCCAAAUGGCACCCUAUUCCCUAUAUAGUGAACUACUUUUGACCAGGGCCCUAUAGUAAUGCACUAUAUAAGGAGAAGGGUGUCAUUUGGGAAGCAUCUCUAUCUCACUGUACUUAAAAGUUUAAUUCACCAUUGAUUAGAAAGAUAUUGGACCUUACCUGACCUUUGACCCUAGGUAUCCACGAGGAGUACCAGCUACCGUACUUUGACCUGGUGCCCUCUGACCCCUCCAUAGAGGAGAUGAGGAAGCUGGUGUGUGACCAGAAGCUACGGCCCAACGUGCCCAACUGGUGGCAGAGCUACGAGGUAGGGACAUGUAGAUAUGCAUGCUCAUUUUAAGGUCAAUCAAACAAUCCUAUUAUGAUAACACAGCAGUCACUCACUAAUAUGAAAGUGCCACUGGUUUUUUAUAAGUAUUAAAUUAUAUGCUUGUGUAUUUUAAAUGAAGUAUGUUCAUUUGGCAGGCUUGUUCUCUUGGGAUGCAUUGGUGGUUUUGAUAAGCUUGUUUAUCCCUGUGCAUAUCUGCACCAUAUUUGCAUGUAUGACUUCCUCUAACCUAAUUUUCCUCAUGUUCGCUCAACCAUUGGUCCAGUUUUCCUGACCAGAGCUUUAGAUAGAUAAAGUAGUUAUCUUCCUCUUUUGUCUCUCCCUCCCCGUCCCCCAAGACCCUGCGUGUGAUGGGGAAGAUCAUGAGGGAGUGUUGGUAUGCCAACGGAGCCGCCCGCCUUACUGCCCUGCGCAUCAAGAAGACCCUGUCCCAGUUGAGCGUCCAGGAGGAUAUCAAAGUCUGA